UCCACUUAUUCCCAGUCUAGGAAAAGUCCGUUAGUCAGUGCACAGAAGAGACGCGGCGAGGUAAUGCUGUCCACCUGACCAAUACAAUUAACUUUUUCUUGAUUGAAAAUAAAUCUCAAAGGAAAAACAACAACGUUUUGAUUGAAGAAAUCGGAGAAGAAAACUUUGGAUUAGGAUCCAUUUGAGAGUAAAAAUUAGGAAAAACAUAAUCUGGAGUGGGAAUACUGUGGAUAGAUGAUUUUGGAGCUUGGAUUGAAAACUGUGUGCAGUGUUUCCCAACUUUCCAACAGUCUUGGAAUUGGUUGCACAGAUACACCUGAGCAUUAUAAGGAAUAAAGGAACAUAUAGGCUAAAUAAGAAGCAAUGGCCUCUGCGGCUCUUGAGAUCCUCGGUCUGACCCUGUGCGUUAUCGGAACGCUUCUGGAGAUGGCCGCUUGCGGCUUGCCCACCUGGAAAGUGACCGCCUUCAUCGAGGCCAACAUCGUGGUGGCGCAGACCAUCUGGGACGGCCUGUGGAUGUCGUGCGCCGUGCAGAGCACGGGCCAGAUGCAGUGCAAGACUCACGACUCCAUGCUCGCCCUCAGCCAAGACUUCCAGGCCGCGCGCGCGCUCAUGGUCAUCUCCUCCGUGAUGUGCGUUAUCGGGCUGAUGGUGGUGAUCGCCGGCGCGCAGUGCACCAACUGCAUCAAGACGGAAAGCGUCAAGGCGCGCGUAGUGAACGUCGGAGGGGUCAUCUACAUCAUCAGUGCCAUCUUCAUGCUGGUGCCCCUGUGCUGGAUGGCCAACAACAUCAUCUCCGACUUCUACAACCCGCAGGUGCCGGCGGCCCAAAAGCGGGAGAUCGGCGCGGCACUCUACAUCGGCUGGGCGGCCACCGCGCUGCUUCUGCUCGGGGGCAGCAUGCUCUGCUGCUCGUGUCCGACGUCGGGAAGCUCCGGUUACUCGGUGAAAUACGCGCCCACCAAAAGAUCAACACCUAACGGGGAAUAUGACAAACGGAAUUAUGUUUAAAAACUGGAGAGUAUGGUGCGCUUUGGACUAGUUUUACAAGAGAAAACAUCCUGUUUUAUAGUUCUUAUGAAAACUUGUACUAUUGACUGAUUUUCUUGGACUACAGUUGUGUUUAAAAACAAUUGCUGCUGUGCAUGCAGUGAAAAGCUAGAGUAACUUUCAUUAAAGUUACACAAUGCUCACCAGAUCAUGUAUAGUUAGAUGUGUUGGACAUUAUAUCAUGUUUGUUAAUGGCCCAAUGAACGCUUUUACCCUUAAACUUCAAGUAUCAGUUGACUAAUCUUACUUUUAAAGCAUCUUGGACUACUGCUGAUUUGGACAAUUGUUUUUAUUUAACAUGCAAUUUCAAAAACGGUUGAGGAUAUAUGUGUCAAAAGGUGCUUUAUAGCAACUUUUAUGAAUGGCAUAAGCAAACGUCAUAAUGAUGGAAUGAUAUGUCUAUGUACAUUCAGUGCAAAUGUCAAACUUUGAUUUAUAUAUUUCAUAUGUGCUAUUGACCUAUACGUAUUUCAAAUGUGCCCGAUUCCUUAGGCACUACAUAAUAACUGCUAAUGAAACAAUUAAAGUUAUUAAAGUUUUACCCAUUAUUUCAUUAGAUGUGCUGAAAAACUAUCAAGCAUGUGCAUUUUUUAAAGGGUUGAAAGAGAAACAUGAAUCUGACAAAACAUCUAUUUUAGGUACCUCCGAAAGCUUGUAAAAGUCUAAAAGCAUUCAGAUAAAGUAGCUCUAGUUGUUACUAUCAAACAUGUUUACCAAUGUGUUCGUUGUCCUGGAGAGAUGUCAGUGAUGUUUAGUGUGUAAACCUAUAGGAAUCUCACCUUUGGCACAUUCCCAGAGAAUCUCAACGCUGGUCAGCGAGGACAAACAGCUGGAAAGCUCAAGACAGCAAAUCUUGACUGCUCUGUCAUUCAAAACUCUCCCGUCCACACGGAUGCUCAAAGUACCAUGAGCACAACAAGGCUGCAUGAGAAGGAAAGCCGAGCAGGAUCUAUGCCUUUGGAAAUGGAAAUGUUUGUUUUUGGGAAUAUCCUGCUGGUUUUGUCCUGCAGAAUGCAAAACUUCAUGGACGGGUAUCUUCAUUUUCUUAGAACACAAGACCAAUAUGUUCAGUUUAUCCAGCUCGACUGAAACUUUCUUUUAUUUGUAUUAUUAUUAUUGUCUUUACAUGU